CUAAGAAUACCACAAUCUUGAUGUUCAUCUCUCCAAAUCCAAAGCCCUAACCAAAAAAGACCUACCAACCUUGCUGUACAGGUUCUCGGUAUUAUGGUCUGAUCGACAACCUUGAAUGAUUAUUCCUGGAGUCUAGAUGCGCUUGCUGCAGUCCACAAGUUCAUUUGAGCAACAUGUCUGCAGCACACAACCAUCGUCAUAUGCAACAUCUUCCCCCGAGCCCACCACCGUCGCCUCCAUCUACACGGCAGAGAAAAAAGAAGAAGCCCGAUCCUUUUGAACAACUCGCAACUACACCAAUACCCUCGCUGCCCUCUUCUCCAGCAAAUGAGCUUAACGACGACCAAGAACCCCUUCUGAAACGAAUUAUACUCACGCCCGUCUUGUUCACAUCCUUCCUCCUCUCUCUCUUCCUCGUCAACUACCGCAAUCGCGCCCGCCGAACAGAAGCACACUCACUCAGCUUCUCCCUCCUCGCGUACCUCGCUCCAUCCAGCUGGCUCGAUCCAGAGCCCUACCAAGAUCCUGAUGAUUCGAAAUGGGGUAGAAGGGGGACCACUGGACAUGUUGAGCCCCAUGACGCUAUAGGUCCCCGGUCAGACGAACAAGACGAUGAGAAACCGAAGAAACGGAAGAAGAGAAAGUCGUGGCAUCUGCAUAGAAAGAUCAGGAAAGUGGCCAAGCUGGAGAUAGGCGAUGCGCUCGAGAUGCGAGGCCGCAUGAUUGUUGUCAUGCUUGUAGUAUUGGGAUUGGCUUGUGCAAUACUGUGGAUGGGUGUUAGGUGGGUUAUCGUCUUAGCAUCACAGCGGAUGUAUGGUGUAAAAGCCUGACCACUGGAGCGAGACAACUGCCUUCCUGUCCAUGAUACGUACAAUGCACGAAACGCAAUGAAGUAUUGAUCGAUUCUUGGAAUUGUCUGAGAAUGGGAACUCUGUGCCAGAGCUACCAAAGGAAGAGGAAAAAAUGCGAACUGGAGUCGUCGAGAAGCCGUUCCAUCAUGAGAAUAUGUUCAUAGGCGCAUCAGUCAUACAAACAUCCCCAACAAGUAAUCCAAGAACAAAUACAGUCGAUCUAUAAAGCUGGGUAUCGCACCUUUUCAACGCCGGUAACCAUCUGAUCAUAACUUCGAAGAAAUAUAGAGAACUCAUUGGAAGACAGCAUAAGAAAAAGGAAGUCUGCUCGUCAAGGCCUCAUGGUAAAGAGGCGCGCGACGAGUCGGUCGAAGAAGUACCCCAUAUCCUCAUCUUGCCUCUUCUCUUUGGCUUUCUUUGCCAGGUAGUUCGAUGUUUCCGCCUUUUUAAUU